CGAUAUACAGAAAACAAGUCUAAUUUCCGCCCCGCAUUAAAUCCAGGAAGUGACGCAACACAGUUUUCAUGCUUGCCCGCCCCUCACCAGCAUGGCUGCUUUCAGGAGCAUCGGGGUUGGAAGGAAUUUAGCUGUUCUUUUAACGAGAUCGCAUCCUGUGUGCAGUUAUCAUGGAGCAGGGCUCAACAGACCCUCCCUUCACAAAGUGGGCAGAAGGCAGAUUCCACAGCAAACAACCACUAUGUUUAUCAGAAACAUGUUUAUUCAGACCCAAGACACUCCAAACCCAAACAGUCUGAAGUUUCUCCCUGGUCGCAUGGUGAUGGAGUCGGGGACUAUGGACUUCGCUGGACCAAGAGAGGCUUAUUGUUCACCCUUGGCAAGGCAGUUGUUCAGAAUUGACGGUGUCAAGAGUGUCUUCUUCGGCCCUGACUUCAUAACCAUUACUAAGGCUGAUGGUGAAACGGAGUGGAAGGUGAUCAAACCAGACGUCUUCGCUACCAUUAUGGACUUCUUCACCUCUGGACUUCCUGUUGUCAAUGAGGCAGAUGCUCCACGUGCCGACACAGCUCCUUCGGAGGAUGAUGACGAGGUGGUGGCCAUGAUUAAAGAAUUAUUGGACACACGCAUAAGGCCCACAGUGCAGGAGGACGGCGGUGACGUGUUGUAUCACGGGUUUGAGGACGGUAUUGUAAAGCUGAAGCUGCAGGGUUCCUGCACUAGCUGUCCCAGCUCCAUCAUCACACUGAAAAGUGGCAUCCAGAACAUGCUGCAGUUCUAUGUUCCCGAGGUGGAAGGAGUUGAGCAGGUGAAAGAAGAGGAUGUGGAUGUUGAAAAGGGUGUCCUCUGAUGUCAUUCCUUUCUCCAUAAUAAAUUACCCAGUCACCCUUCAGUGUCCAAUCAUGUAGAAGGAGCUUUGAGUUUAGAAGAGACAGUUACACAGCUGUAAGGAAAAUUGACAAAUCUGUGUGUCCACACACUCCUUUAAAGGGAUAGUUUACCUAGAAAUUAAAAUUUUGUCUUCAUUUACUCACCCUCAAGUUGUUCCAAACCUGUAUGAGUUUUUCUUCUGUUAAACACAAAAGAAGAUGUUUUGAAGAAUGUCAUGGUUGACGGUAGCCAUUGACUUCUAUAGUAGGAAAAAAAUACUAUGGAAGUAGGUAGUUACGAUCAAAUGUCUGGUUAUCAGCAUUCUUCAAAAUAUCUUCUUUUUGUGUUCAACAGAAGAGAGAAACUCAUACAGGUUUGGAACAACUUGAGGGUGAGUAAAUGAAGACACAAUUUUCUUUUUUGGUUGAACUAUCCCUUUAAACGCAUAUAUUAGCUUCAGACAUCAAGUAUUCAGCAAAUGUUUUUACUCUCCAUUAUUGGAUAGACAGUGUUUGGUCGGUGCUGUAACAGGUUUUGGGUUGGUCGCCCCGUAAUAUUUUAUAGAUUGUCACUUAAUGCACUGGUUAAAACAAAAAGCAGAAUGUCGUGUAUUGUAUAUUUGAACAAAUAACAUGCAAUAUAAUACAUGUGUAGAUAUUGUUAUAAGAAAUCUACUGGUUUCAUGCUAAAUGGAUCCUCAGGAAUCCUCAUUAUCAAUCCUAUUUAUUAUGGUUCAUUGGAAUUUAUUGCAAUUAUUUAAUAGAGAUUCAAUUUCAUAGAAGAAUAUGCUAAAUAAAUGAAAAAAUAAGAAAUAAGCUUCAUUCUUCACCAUCAUUCUUUUGUCAGUGGUGUUGUACUUGAUUAAAGAUAAAUUGCUUGUAUUGCUUAUUUGUCAUUCAGAUAAAAGCGUCUGCUAAAUUAAUAAAUAUAAAUGUAAAUUAAUAUGAAAAACUAGGCAUUUUGAUUACAAAAAUAUCCCUUUAAAAAUUGUAAUUUUUCAUAAGAAAAUGUUACAUGUAGAAACUAUUUUGUCUGUGGCUACCCUGUUAUAGAGGAUUACAUUUGUAAAUAUUAAAAAAUAAGUAAAGAAAUAAAACAUGAAAUAUGAAUAAUAAAUAAAUGUUAAGCCAAGUUCUGGUUUUGGCUUCUGAUUGGUCAAUACAGUGUUCCAGUCACUGUAAUGUGAACACCUGUUCACCAUAUCACUGCUGCUCCCAUAGGGGAUUAUUAUUUUUGUUGCAUGGCAACAUUCUGAUAUGUCAAGAGACUAUAUCCUCUAAAGGAGGGAUGACACUUAAUGAAUUUGCUUAUUAAAAGAAUACUUUAACAGAAA